AAGACCGACUGUAUGUAUGAGGCAGCGAGAUCCCUAGUGCUGGGUCAUAUGGACACCGAAGCGGUGUUUGCCGCGCAAAUGCUGUACGAUAUCCAGCAGGAAGUGGAUCCUCAACAUUUCCCCCUCGAGGACAUCCUCGAGACGGUGAGCCUAGAUUAUCUUCGGCUCUACGACAAAUACAAGGCAGAUUGGAUGAAUGAGAGCGUCGAUGGUAACCGCUCUACGAGGCUCAAGCGGGUGAAUGACCAAUACAACAUCCUCCGUCACAUUGUCUAUUCCGAGGACGAUUUACAGGCCAAUUUGGAGAGGUGGGAACACGGUACGCCACGACAACAUACCAUCCCAGGUUUCAAUAUCGUACGCCACGUUCCCCUUCUCGUUGGGCAGAUGGUAGCUCAGUAUCACGAAGAGUUCCACGAUGCAUUCUUGGAUAUCGCGAACGAUCGCGGUCAUAUAUUGACAGCCAUUCAUUUCUACAAUGCAGCUAAGCAAUCUGGAUCAUUGCCGCCGGAAGUCUGCUGGGAUGAUAUGGAAUGGGUGAUUGACAGUCAGAUUGAACUCAACCUUCUCGGAAAUCCACCUGCAGACACCAGCCCAAAGUACUUGAAAAAUUUCUGCGAUGCCUAUGGUCUUGAUCACAGCAAGUUCGCCAUUGGUCACAGCCCGGCAUAUCCAGAGUGGGUCAGGAAUGAUAUCCACCUUACAGGUGGCUCCCCUAAACGUCUGGAGAGUUGCACGAAAUAUGUCCGGGCUUGCGAGGAUUUCAAGCAGUUGCACAAGUCCAGCCCCGGCGAGUGGAGGCUUCGAAUGCUGCAGGCCUUCGCUGACUACCAUCUGGAUGGCUUUUCGGCCCAUGGGUCGCCCAAUACCAUCGGUGUCCUUAUCGCCGCGAAGGAAAUGUACGAAGGCGACGAAGAGGCGCUCAAUUUCGACAUUUUCGACUUCCACGAGAAAUGUGCCAAGCUUCUGUCGAGCGUCCGCAGAGCUUGCUUCGAGUACGCACCUGAAGACUAUCCUAGUGUCAGGUAUGACAGCACAGAGGGCCUCAACACUACCAUUGCCGAGCUUCUGCGUGAUCUGCUGGCUUGCCCACGUCAUCACGGCUAUAUGUGGAACCUGGCCGUGAGGCUGUUGAUGGAUGUCAUAAAGCAAGACGGUUCAGCGUGCGAGGACAUGGCUUUUGAACGCUUGAAGAUGACAACACUGGAUUCGAUCAGCAUAGAUAGCGAUGGUAUCAGCUCUGACACCCUCUCUGCUGGUUCUGCUCGUAGCGUCGUUGGAACCCCACCACCAGAUCCUACGGAGAUCGAUGUCCACUACAUCGAUGUCGAAGUAUCCGGAACCUCAAAAUUGAGGAUCAGAGAGAAAAGUGAAGCGCCUGACGUGCCUUCGAAGACACCGGAACACGACUCAGCUGGGCCACCAUCGCCAGCGGAUGCAAAGCAGGCAAACGAGUUAAAGCGCCAGCAGCAGCUGGCUGUCGACGAUCUAAUGAAUCUGAAGGUCGAGACGUUGCCCAACGGAAUCUUGCUACUAGUCUCUGAAAAUGGCACGGUGUUGGCGUCAUGGCCUUCGCACGAGACACCGCAGGUACAUGAGAAACUCUCUUACAUGCAUGCUCUACUUAGAGAAUGCCUGCAGGGGGGUUUAAAUGCAGAGUCAUUGGAGAAUGGAGACAUCAUAUUUUAUCAGCACGGGAAAGCAAAGGUCGUUCUCGCGAUGCCUGCUUUCGAAUUCCGGAUCCUGGAUGGAGAACCUGGAACGGAGAUAGAUGGCUAGAGACGAGAUGCAUGCGGCGAGCAUAGAAGCUAUGUCUUCCAAUCGGACUGUGCAACAGAGCGACUCAUCCUUGUGCAUCAAUUCUUUAGACAAGCGAUUGAAAAUUCUCG